ACAUGACAUCUUGCAUUUCAACAGAGGAUCCUGUGGCAGCUAAAGUCUCCAAGACGUUUGCCUACUGCUUGCUUCUUGUAGUAUCACUUAUCGGAAAUACUUUGAUCAUCAUGGUAGUUUAUCGCGAUAAAAAAAUGAAAACCACCACAAACUUACUCAUCGUAAAUAUGGCCAUUUCCGACCUCCUAGUUCCAAUAUUCGCUAUGCCUCGGGCUAACGUCGAGAUAAUCUUCGGAAAUCACCGAUGGCUUGUCGAUGGCACAUUCGGAGAAGCCCUUUGCAAACUCACGGCAUUCUUUCAAGACAUCUCUACGCUGGUUUCCGUUCAGACCUUGGUGGCGAUCGCUUUGGACCGUUUCUACGCUGUUUGGUUUCCACUAAAAGCUCUGCGAAUCAAACCUAGAGUGAAAUACGUUAUUUUGCUCAUCUGGUCGAUAUCAACAGUUAUUCACGCCCCAUACCUCUACGGAUUCCAGAUUCGCACUUUUGACAACAGUAAAACAUACUGUUUUUUGGGUUGGUCAGGAGAUGUUACGAAAAUCGUCUUUUUAGCACUGAUAACAUUAAUUUAUGUGAUACCGCUGCUUCUGAUAACAAUUUUCUAUGGUCUGAUAGUACGAAAGCUGAGAAAGCAAACUCUCUAUGGGGUACGGAAUUUAGUGGUUCACUUUAGCCGCCGCGAAAAGAGAAAUCGCAAUGUACUUAAGAUGUCUUUGGCAAUUGUGGUGGUAUUUUUCGUUUCAAUGUCACCGUUUGUAGUGUAUUUAUCAAUUGAACUUUUCAGUCCCGAAGGUUCAGUUUGUCUUUCUAAGAACUUUCGCUUUGUAACUCAGUAUUUGGUACACUGUAACGGCGCUUUGAACUUUUUUACCUACUUUAUCUUCAAUCAGAGCUACCGUCACGGUUUCUUAAUGAUUCUUUCACGAGUUUUUUGCGCUUCAUCUUACCGUUGUCGCUGGAAAAAAGAAGUGGAAUUAACUUCACCCUCUAUCGGACGAGAAUCGCACACAGUUACCAGAGGAACUAUCAACCAAGGAAUGGACUUAGAUCAAAAGGAUGUUGUACUUAUUCAGUUACGCUCACUACACGAAACUGAGUGCAGGGAAGGGACAAAUGGAAAUAUUGAUAACAUCUGAAGAGUAUUUUCAAUCCAAGC